UACGCUAUAGUACACAUGCGCGCUGCACCGCUUUUCCUCAUAAUAUACAUUCGUCAUUCACAACAACCUCGUGACCAACGCUUUUGUCGCAUCGCCAAUAAAGCCAACGAGCACCACUAAUAACUUGUACUGUUUUCCACCGUUCUCUCUUGUAUAUUUUGAAUAAUCGUUAAAUUGUAAUCAACAAGCCGCGUUGUUCAAUUAUUUCAUUUUCUCGUCACGCCCCACGUGACUUGGUUGGAGGUAUAAUAGUCAAUACGCUUACUAUAUUGUUAAAACCGACGCGCCGUACACACGCACAGAUAUACGCAUAUACAUAGAGUGGAUAAGACGCGUCGCACAAAUGUUCAUUUGGUGCGGAAUACAAAGACCGACAAUAUUGUCGGCAAGAGACGCACCAAUCAGACGUCGAGUCAACUUUACUGUACCGCGCUACACCGCUCGAAUUUCAAGAUUCAACGCGAUGCGCAGUGUGAUCCCGGCUAGACGACGUGUUCCAGACAAUACUUCGCUCGUCUUUGGCCUUUGUUUGCUGCCCUAAAACCGACUGUCGGACUAAGCUCGCGUACCUAUCGUAUUUUUGCCAAAUAGUCGUGUGGUUAAGUCGUCGCGCUGGUGAUUAGCAUAAGACGCGUUGCGUUUAUACGCCUUGUUUCUCGCCCGUGAUGGUCGUCAAUGUUGACGUUACCGCCGCCGAAGUGAAUCGAUGCGAUCGUCAUUCGGCUCUAACGAAACCACUACCAAUCCCGCUGUUCACUUUCCAGCAUGGAGUUUGUGUGUGCUCUGCAAGUUGCGGAAGUCAAUCGGUCAGCUUCACGUCCUGUCCAGGGCGACCAGAGUGAUUCCGCGCCGGAAUCAACCCAAGUUAUAUACUUUUUAAAGAUAAUUGCUGUUGACGCAGUUGCCAGGAGUGGUGCUGGAAGUCAACUAGUUGAAAUUAUAGGUGCACCUUCCGAGUACAAUAUUUUUAAUACAUUGCUACUUGUUUAAUCACUGUACCGCCGAAGCAGCCACCGUUGUUUCAGAGGACACAUAUUUCAUUUUUCACGGAUCCCGCUGAGUGGUUGAUUUGUAUAUCCUGACGCUGGUCAGUGUCAUUCUGCAAAUCUUCGAUAACAUGUCUUCAAGUGUAAAAGAAAUGCUUGAAUGUGACCCUAAACGUAAAAUAUCUAAUUCAAAUGUCACAAGUUUUGCAUCAAAAGGAGCCAAAAAGUUUAAACUAGAUAAACCUGAUAAGGACAAUAGUAUCUUGUUUGAUAGAACAGUUUGUGUUGUACCAGCUAAUAUACCUCUAGAAAGGAAUUUCCCUCGGAAUUUCCAGUAUCCUACUAUUGAGAGUGGACAAACUGUAUAUGCAAUGCAGUUAACUAUAAAAGGUUCAUGUUAUGAUCCUAAUUCUAAAUAUGAUGAUGAAUUUUAUGCUGGUAUAGCAGCUGAACCUCCAAAUAUGCUUAAUAACUUUCGAUACUUGAUUUUUUUUUAUGAUAGUAAAGUUCAAUAUCGACAACACCAAGGUAUUCGUUUAAUUGCACGUUGGAGAAGUAUACAUGUUGUAUAGAUGAAGUAGAGAAUUCCUGGUAUUUUAUAAAAAGUUAUUUGGAAAAUUAUCCAAACCGUCAAAUGGUUGAGUUGACCAAUCAACAUUCAGUACUAGCAGUCCAACUUCAACAAUGUUAUUAGGUAAUGAAUAUUAAGAAUAUGAAUAUUAUGAAUAUUCAGUACUGCUAACCCAUUUUGUCUGUCUUCUGUCAUAGAAGAUCUCAUAUUAUUUUUCAACCACCGUAGGGAAGAAAAUGAUCUUUCUGCUGUUGCUGAUGUAAUGGUAAUUGUUGCAAAAAUUUUAAUAUCUGGAUAAAAUAACUCACAAUAUACCAAUAUAUCAAUAGCAGUUUUGGGCUUUGGAUUUUCUAUAUUGGUCCAUUUCAUCUUCCAGAGUACACGCGAUACGAAAAAAUAAAGCCUAAACCUUCAAAAUCAGUGCGUGAAUACUUUGGAAACAACGAGUGUGUAUAUAUUAUAGAUGCCAAAAUUAGAGGCAAUAUUGGACGUUAUUUCAAUCAUUCGUGUUCUCCAAAUAUAUUUGUCCAAAAUGUAUUCGUUGAUAUGCAUGACUUACAGUUCCCAUGGGUAUCGUUAUUUGCACACAAAAACAUACUGGUGGGAACAGAACAGACGGGUUCCACAAAAAUAAUAUGCAAUUGUCAGUCUCAAAAAUGUAGAGGGAGAUUACUUUAAAUAUGUAUACGUAAUAAUAAUUGAAUAAAUCAACAAGUUAAUUAUAUUUUAUUUAUUAUUCUCAUGAAAUUAUUAUAAUUUCUACUAAUUUAAUUUUAAUGAGACAAAGAUUUAAGAGGACACUAACCUAACUUAAAAGUUUGAUAACAGGUCAAUUCACUCUUAAUAUCAAAACUAACAGCACACUAACUAGUGAAUGAAAAUUUGAUAUAUCGUACGUGUGUAAGACAGGGACAACAAAUGCAUGGGUAGUGUCCUCUUAAAUUAAAGUAUCAAAUAUACAACAACAAGCAUCAAGAGGACCAAAGCGAUUAUAAGUUUUUAUCAAAAUUCUUUAAGAAAUUAUCAAAAUAAUUAAAUAAUUUGCCAUCAAUAUUUGGACGCAAUAUAAUAUUCAAUGCAUUCAAAACCAUAAAAUGAUCAUACACUUAACAUUAAGUACAAUUUUCAAAGCAAGUGGUCUGUUAUAAAGUAAGAACUGACGAAGCUCGGUAGCCUUCAAUGACCAACAACUUUACUUAGUCUUGGUUUUCGUACAAAAUCACUAGUUAUUGAAGAUUUGAGAAACAUUAAAUUUGUACUAAUUUUUUAGAUUAUCCUACUUGGUAUAGUAGGAUACAGUCAAAGAACCUUAUGAUCUUCGUGUGUUAUUUCUCUAGAAUUACUAUAUUAAAAUGGGAAACAAGUACUUCCGACAUGUUUACCCUCUGCAAGAUACCUGGUGCAAGAAAAUUAACCAGUAUGACUUGAUUUUCACAGUAAAUGAC